UAAAGUUUCCAAAUUGAAUGAAAAUCCUUGUAAUCAAGUCAAGUUUCCUCUGUGCAUCACGUGAAUUUGGACAGAAAUAAAUAAAAAUUCAUUCAUGUCUAGCUCGUUUAGCCUAGCUUAUUCAAGGAAUAAUAAAGAAAUUUAUGCUACAUGCUUUUAUUAGCCUGCUCUUCGUUGUUAGGUAGCCGCUAGCAUGGGCUGUCCGUCUUCAGUUUGAGUGCUUUUUUCUUAUUAUUUGUCAAAAUAAAAACAAACCCACUGUGUAAAUCUGCAAAAUUUUCAGCCUGGAAGAAAGAAUUAUCAAAUAUGGAGGUGGAAUCAUUGAGAAGCAGGAAUGGGAAAUCAAUGGCACAGCCAGGCAAUACAGCGGCCAGUGGCAUCAAGCGUAGGCUUAGACUUAGAAACAUCUGUUUUGGAGUGAUGGGUGUUUUGAUAUUCAUCAUAAUCCUGAUAGUCAUCCUGGCUUUCACCGUUUUCAAGGCCAAACGCCCUGUGACAACCAUCGACUCUGUCUCCUUAUCCAACCUGAAGGUUUCUCUGGAUUUGGCAAGACUCCAAGUGUUGCUGAACGCUACCCUGGAUGUGGAUCUUUCAAUCAAGAACCCAAACAAAGUUGGGUUCAAGUACAAAGACUCGACUGCACAGUUGAAUUACAGGGGUCAGCAGGUAGGCGAGGUUCCAAUUCCAGCUGGUAAGAUUUCUGCAGAUGAAACGGUUCCCAUGAACUUGACACUGACUGUCAUGGCGGAUCGUUUGAUCUCAGAUUCAAAGUUCCUUUCUGAUGUUAGGGGUGGUGAAUUGCCCCUCAACACUUUUACUAAGAUUGCAGGCAAGGUUAAUGUCUUGAAUAUGUUUAAGAUUCAUGUUGUUUCGUCCACUUCCUGCAAUUUUAUUGUCUUUUUAUCUAAUUCAUCAGUUGGGGACCAAGACUGCAAGUAUAAGACAAAUUUGUAAUUUUUUUCAUUUCUUUCUCCUUUUGGAUUAUAUACUAUGCUUGUACUUGUCUAGUAUAUCAGAAGCUUGCUUUGUACUUUGUAAUCGUAUUCUUGUUGUUCUUUCCACAUUUUACCCUCUACUUCUACAUUUUUUUUUUUGUAAUUUUCCAUAAAUAGAGAUGGUAUCAUGUUAUUUUCUUCGUUUGUUGCUAAUAAAAUUUGUGGUAUGAUUCAACAAAUCAGGCUUUUUAUUUAUGUAAAUACGUUUCCUGUUAGUCUUUUUUCCCUUUGGUUGACAAUUAAUUUCUCACCCUGUGCAAUUGGAAAGCUUUAA